UUUUUGGCUCUGGUUCCAUGUUCUCUUCUUUAUAAAUAGCAAGACCAGUGAUACUUCCCUUCCAUUCCUUUUUUUUUUUCUUCCAUUGAACUUCUUGCACUACUGCUGCGAUCAAUGGCUAUUAUUAUACUCCUUUGCUUCCUACUCCAACUACUUUCUUCUUCUUUCCAUUUCUCUGUUGCUCAAACUCAAGCAGCAAACAUAACCUUGGGCUCCAUCCUCUCUGCUGGAAACACUUCCUCAUGGCUCUCUCCUUCUGGUGACUUCGCAUUUGGGUUCUAUCCUGUUGGCGGAGGCCUCUUCCUCGUAGGGAUUUGGUUUGAAAAAAUCCAAAUCCCCACGAAAACUCUUGUUUGGUCAGCAAACAGAGACAGACCAGUAAGCGAAGGGUCGACCCUUGAGCUAACCCGUAGCGGUUGGCUUGUUGUCCAAGGUCCGCAAGGCAGUGGUAGCUUCUAUAUCCACAACGGGACUGCUGCGAGUUCAGCAUCCAUGCAAAACGACGGCAAUUUUGUACUAAGGGACUCAAGUUCUAAGGUCAUAUGGCAAAGCUUUGAUUCCCCAACUGACACCCUACUACCAGGUCAAGUUCUAAACGAGAACCAAACGCUUUUCUCUAGCGCCGACGACUACUCGACGGGAAGAUAUAUGUUGAAGAUGCAAGAUGACGGCAAUCUCGUUAUGUCUGCACCCGGAUUCACUGAUCAAGGUUACUGGUGGACCACCGAAGGCGACAACUUGAACCGAAACCAGAUUCUCAUUUUUAAUGAGAGCAGCGCACUCAUGUACCUUGCCAUCAAUAACACAGACAUCAUCCACAACGUGACAGGUGGAAAACAUCCACCUGCACCCGUUGGAGAUUACUACCAUAGGGCGAUGAUCGAUGACAUGGGCAAUUUCAAGCAAUAUGCUUGUUCAAAAGUGAACGGGACAUGGUCAAUAGUAUGGAGUGCGCUCGAUAAUCCUUGCUAUCCAAAUGCUCUUUGUGGGGCAUAUGGCUACUGCGUUUUGGAUGGCAAUGAACCGAGAUGCCGAUGCCUCCAAGGUUACUCUCCAUUGGAUUUGAACAAUCGGUGGAAAGGAUGCUACGCCGACAUUCCGCUGCGGCAGAGUUGUGAAGCGGAUACAUCUGCGGUAUAUGAGAUGGAAGAUGCUGAUUUCCCUAAUCAUGGGUAUGCAGAUCUUUCCCAAAUAACAAACUCGGACAAAGAGAGCUGCAGAAAGGCUGUCAUGGAGGACUGUUCUUGCAUUGCUGCAGUCCUGGAAAAUGGGCGAUGUAGGAAGAAGAGAGCGCCUCUGCUGAAUGGUAGAGAGGGAUCUAAAUUUACGGGACGAAUCGCUUUCAUAAAGGUGGCAACCAGCAAUAAAGGAACCAAGAAGAGCCGUUAUUCUCAGGCACUUGUGGCUGGGCUUGUACCAAGCAGUAUCCUGGCUGUCUUGUUUGUAGUGCUUGCCCUCUACUGUUAUGUUGCUCGCAGUUCCAAGCAAAGGGAACCCACUUCCAGUGAAAUAAACCUGCGGGCAUAUACGUACAAGGAGUUGAAAGAAGCGACAGAUGGGUUCACAAGAAAGCUCGGCCGUGGGGCUUUUGGAACCGUUUACAGUGGUAUCCUACGGUCAGAGGGCGAACAGAUAGAGGUAGCCGUGAAGCAGCUAGAGAAGGUGAUAGAAGAGGGCGAGAAAGAGUUCAAGACCGAGCUGAGGGUAAUCGGUCGGACCCAUCACAAGAAUCUGGUCCGACUGCUGGGGUUCUGCGAUGAGAAUAGUCACAGACUUUUGGUUUAUGAGUUGAUGAAGGGCGGCUCUCUAUCUGACUUCCUUUUCGGUAGGAACGAUAAGCCAAGCUGGGGUCAAAGGGCCGAAAUAGCUCUUGGGAUCACUAGAGGCCUGUCAUACUUGCACGAGGAGUGUGAGACCCAGAUCAUCCACUGCGAUAUAAAACCACAAAACGUGCUGCUCGACACAAAUUGCACGGCCAAGAUUGCAGACUUCGGCUUGGCAAAACUUCUGAUGAAAGAUCAAACUCGGACCAGCACCAAUGUCAGAGGGACAAGAGGGUACAUGGCACCUGAGUGGCUCAAGAAUUUGCCCGUAACGAUGAAGGUGGAUGUUUAUAGCUUUGGUGUCAUGUUGCUCGAGAUCAUUUGUUGCAGGAGGCACAUCGAUCUGGACAGGGUCGAAAAAGAGUCUGAGGAUGCAGAUUUAUAUAUAACAGACUUGGUCCUAAGCUGUAUGAAGGCUGGAGAACUGCGGAGGUUGGUGGAGCAGGAGGAAGAGGUCUUGAGCGACUUCAAAAGGUUUGAAAGGAUGGCCAUGGUGGGAUUGUGGUGUGUGCACCCAGACCCAGGUCUUAGACCAUCCAUGAAGAGGGUGAGACAAAUGUUAGAAGGGACAUUCGAUGUAGGCGUCCCACCUCUGGUCACUGCAUAAGCAUUUUAUGAUAUGAUCUAAUGUGUUUGUUACUUUCUCGUGUGCACCUGCAUCACAUAGUUGCAGUUACAAUGUUGCCUGAUUUCAUGUUAGGCUAGUUUUCUAUGUUAUUUAUGUUUCAAGCUAGCAGAAAUGUAAGAACAUGUCAAAUGCAAAUGAAUAAGGAAUUGAGAUC